AUGUCUGCCGUAUCCUCAGAAGCUGGCGAGUACGAGUACGAGUCGGAGCUGAACUCCCUGCACGUCCCCACCGGACGACCAUGGAAAUACCUUGAGCACCCAGACGACGACGAAUGGAUGCGUGGGCCGUCAGAGACGCAGACUUGGCCAAAUUUGGGAGACUUCGUCAUACUUUCCCUAAAUCCCAUCGCCUCCGUCCGUCAUCUCGACGCCGCCGCUCAGGAGGCCGCUCGCCAGAUACCUGUCCGGAAAUUCGUCGCCGCGGCUAUCGAGACUGUCGGGCUGCCUGUCAAGGACAAGGCGCUUCAUCCCUUCGACUACCUCUUCGUGCGGCAAAGAAAGCCUUCGCCACGGUUCGCUGGUCGCGACCCAGACGAGGAAUGUGUUGCGAUCCUGCCCAAUGAUACACUGCUCGGGGCGCGGGAUCCAGUUCGUCCCGCACAUCCUCUUCCCUGGUCCGACUGCUACUUCGACUUGACGUGGGGCUUUCCAUUUGAAUGCCGCUCUUCAAACAUCGAACACGACUACUUUCCUGUUCUACCCAUGGACGACGACGAGCUUGUCCGAGUGCAAGGCUAUGUGCAGGAGAGCUUCUCUUAUGUCAGAGAACGAUUCGGUGCCGAUCGACCCGAUCCACUAUCGUUCGUAGACGCGUCUACUGAUGUGCCACCCACUUCGGCAAGGGCAGUCGCUUCGUCCCACACGUUGUCAUCAGAUCCUGGACGACCGAAUACGCAUUCGUUUACUGAGAAGACCGGUCAACAAGGCGAUGACGUCUCUGUCAUCGCUAGCGAGGAUCAUGUCGGCGCGGACGGUCCUUUGAUCUCUGACUCGGAGUCUGAUGCGGAUAGCGAAGAGCUCGACAUGCUACUCCGGUUCGAGGCCAUGAUGAACGAUCAGGGUGACCCGCAAGACCCCGUCGUGGAUACUUGGUACGACUUGGACAUGGUCACCGAGGUCCUCAAUCCUGUACUCUUUCUUCAGGAUGUCAAGAGGCUGAGAGCGAUCAUGAACGACGCGGAAGCCCGCAUGAGAGCACAAGUGACUACCACAGCUGGUGUUGCUUCUACCGAUGGCGUGCUUGAGGGUGACCGGAACCCGAAGGGCACUUCUGCAGAUGCAUCUCCGCGGGCACAGGUUGGCGCGGCUCCGGAGCCGCAGGUGGCCUCAACCGUUACGCCUGCUGAAUCUCUUCCCUCAAAUAUGUCAUUGAACCCAGGGAAAUCGUGUCGCAUGAAGUCCUUGACGAUCAAGCUCACUUAUUUUGCGAAGAAGCAUGUUCGCAGGCUGCUUCACUCCGAUGCCAGCGAUGGCAGGACAGGCUCUUCUGUCUCGUAG